AGAGAGAGUGGUGAGUGCUGUAGAAUUAGGGUGAGAACAAAAUUGCGAAGAACCCUAAUUGAUUGAUUGAUUGAUUGAUUCCCAUGGCGUCCCGAAGAGGUGGAGUCUCACUCCCAGAAAGACCAAGCAACAACUCAGGCUCCGUCCUGGCGAAGAUCUCGCGCUCCUCCAUCGUCACCCGCGGCAAGGAAGCCGCCGUCGACGCCGCAUUCGUCGCCAAGAAGCUCCUCCGCAGCACCGGCAAGGCCGCGUGGAUCGCCGGCACCACCUUCCUCGUCCUCGUCGUCCCUCUGAUCGUCGAGAUGGACCGCGAGCAGCAGCUCAACGACCUCGAGCUCCAGCAGGCCAGCCUCCUCGGCACCCCCGCCCCCAAAUGAAAAUUUGAGGUUUUCUCUCAGAUCAGAUUUCUUGCUUUUAGGGUUUACGGUUGCAAUAAUUUUUUUUAACUGUUCUGGAUUUUGAUUAAAACCUUACUUUGAGGAGUUUUGUGUAUUCCUACGAUUUACCAUAUGUCAUUAGUUGUUAAAACGCGGGUUGCUGAGUGUAAUUUACCUGCUGCUUAGUAGAAUGAUUCUAUUUCAGUAUGCGUUAUUUCUAUUUUGUGAUGACCUUGUUACUUGAAAAUGGGCUUCAUAUCCUAAAUUGAAUGAUAUUUAGCUACAAUUAAGAUCA